CCUACUGUUUUUGUUUGUAUUUUACAACUUUUCAAAUUAAAUAUCAGUUAUAAUCGUGUAUGUUAGCGGUAGGAGGAGUAUUUAUUUUAAUAUAUAACUAUUAUACCUACCAAACAGUCUGAGGAACAUCAUUAAUACAACUAUGGAAUCUCCUGAGAUAUUAUCAUCUUGCACGUCUCGUUCGGCUUCUGAACCAGAGGAUCAGGAAACUGGGAAUUUAGAGACAACAACAGAUAAACCUAAUGAAAAUUAUAUGGAACUACAAGAACAAGUCAUUCAAAAUCUUCGUAAGCCAAAUGUCCCAAAUGUUAACGUUCCUGAAAAGAUUAUAAUAUGUCUUGAUGUCUGCUACGACAACCAGAACACUCUGUUCCGACUUGGAGAUGGCACAACAUUCACUCCUAUCAAUAUGCUUAAACGGGUCUUAGACUUUUUCAUACAUUCUAAACAUGCAAUCAACAAGAGAACCGAAUUUGCCCUGUUAGUUAUGAAGGACACUGAGCCUAUCUGGGUUCAACACUUCACCAACAAUGUCAAAGAAGUGAUAAGCAGCAUAGAUCACAUAAACCCUGAAGGAAGCACAUCGGAGCAGUUUGAUUUCAAGAAAGUAUUCAAUAUUUUAAAGCAAAAAGUGGAAAUUCCUGCCUAUAAGCAAGAGAAAUGCAUUGUAGCACCUUCACACAUUGUUAGGAUGAUAGUAUUGUUUGGCCGGUCCAACUGUCUCCCGAUCAUCCCGCAAGAUGAUGAAUACUUUGCUUUCCUCAAGAACCAGCUUUACUUUUACAUUGACAUACUGUUUGCUCAUGAAGACGACUGUGCUCUUUACAAAUGUGAGGAAGUAUAUGACGCAUUGCAAGAUUUAGACAAUGGAUAUUCCUUUGUUUUUGAAGUAUCAAGAAAUGCAGCCAAGAUUCAUGACAGCAUUGCCAAGUUACUUGCUCACCCACUGCAGAGGCCUUUACAAAAGUGUACUGAUUAUGCUUUCGGUAGUAAACACAGAUUAUUGUCAUAAGUAUAUUCAAAACAAUUAUAUAGAAAUGUAAUAAAAAACUAUAAAAUAA